GAGGAAAUUAGGGUUUUAUUCUCGAUAAUGGCUACGAAUCUAAGCGACGGCGACAUGACUGACGGAGAAAAAAGCAGCGAGCGCGAGACGACGGAAUCCACGGAGGCGUCGAGUGAGGAUAGCGGUUCGAUUCAGAAAAAACGCAAGAUCGAUGCGGAUUCUGUUGAUUUGAGCGAAGACGAGGAGGAGGAAAAGGACGAAGAUGAAGACAGCUGCGAAAACGACCAACUUUGGGGAUUCGAUAGCUUCGAUGAUACAGACUAUGAAUCCGAGCAGAGUGAUGAUGAUGUGGAUUUUGAAUGGAAUCGGUAUUUGUGCCAUCUUUACAACAGCCGGGGUUUCAAGGUGGAUAGUGAAAUAGUUCCAGAUCGAUCUUUUCAUGGGUGUCGUCCAUUCGAUUUCGAUAAAAAGUUUAUGCCCAACAUCUCGGGACGUGAGUACAUGGACAAUAUGGCCAAGUUGGCUCUUAGCAAGUACAACCAACACAAUCAAACCGAUGUCAUGUUUGACCAUGUUGUGAGGGCCGUGGUUAAAAUGUGCUCUGGAAUCAAAUCCUACGUGACGUUCAUGGCUAAGGAGUCUCCUCAAGGUGAUCUCAUUGAGUAUCAAGCCAAGACUGACUGGAAGGUGUGGCAGAGAAAUGCUCAUGCCAUUCUCUGCAGACCAGCUCUUGCCAUGAAACCUAUUCCUGCCAGAUACUUACCCAAUCCUCUGCCCACCGAAGAAAGGUAUGAGAAACUUUCUUCAAAUCUCUUGUUCAGUUUCUCUGUCUUUCUCUUCCUAGAUAAGUGAUGCAAUUAAGCUUGAUGUUGUCAAGAGUUGAGAAACUAAGUGAGAGAAAGACUUUUCCCUCCUAUCAAGUAUAUUUAUUGAGAAUUGAACUUAUGUUUAUGUAAGGCUUAUAGUUUAAAUGAACCUAUAUAAUUGAA